AUGAUGGGUGCUGGCGGAGCUCGAUACAGGAGACUCUACCUGUUGAACAGCACCCAUUCCUAUUCGCCCACCUUCUUCCUUCUGGGUGUCCCUGGGCUACAAACCUUUCACGCCUGGCUCUCCAUCCCCUUCUGCCUGGGGUACCUCAUCGCCCUGCUGGGGAACUCCCCCAUCCUCUUCAUCGUGAAGACAGAGGCCAGCCUUCACCAGCCCAUGUUCUACUUCCUCUCGGUGCUCUCGGCCAUUGACCUGGGCCUCUCCACGUCCACCCUGCCCAAGAUGCUGGCCAUCUUCUGGUUUGGCCUCGGGGAGAUCAGCUAUGAGGCCUGCCUGACCCAGAUGUUCUUCAUCCACUCCUUCACGGGCAUGGAGUCUGUCGUGCUGGUCUGCAUGGCAUUUGACGCCUUCACUGCCCUGCAGUCCGGCCUGCGGUACACAGCGAUCCACACCGACUUGGCCAUUGCCAAAAUGGCCGUGGCCAUAGUCGGCCGGGCAUUGGUGCUCCUGGUUCCGCUGGUCCUGCUGGCAAUGCGCCUCCCCUUCUGCCAAAGCGGAGUUGUCGCCCACUCCUACUGUGAGCACAUGGCGGUAGUCAAGCUGGCCUGUGGGGAAACCAGGCUCAACAGCGCCUAUGGGCUGGCUGUGGUUGCCACGGUGAUCGGGUUUGACGUGUGCUUCAUUGCCUUGUCCUAUCUCCUCAUUCUUGGGGCGGUCUUCCGACUGCCGUCCAGGAACGCCCGAGGAAAGGCACUCAGCACUUGCAGCUCCCACAUCUGCAUCAUCCUGCUGUUCUACACUCCAGCAGUCUUCUCCUUCUUCACCCACCGUUUCGGCCACGGCGUGGCUCCCUACGUCCACAUCCUCCUGAGCAACCUCUGCCUCUUUGUCCCUCCAGCACUGAACCCAAUGGUCUAUGGCUGGAGGACGAAGCGUCUAAGGCAGAAUGUAGAGAAGAUCCUCCUACAGCAAGAGGUUAUUUUUAUUUUUAUUUUCUGCGUCACAACACCUAAUGGUCUAAAUUCCUCUUUUGAGAUUUAUCAUGUUGUUGGUGUUGUAAUAGUCAAGAUCUAA